AUGUCCAAGACGGAAGGAGCGCCUCAGCCAUCCACAGACAGCAAUUCUGCCGUGGGUGAGACUGCGGAACUGUUUUUGUCAAACAGUGGCACUCCGCAUCUCAAGCUGAAGGCAGCCGAUGGCAAUAGAACUGCUAUUAUUCUAAACAAGAUAUUCGACACCGACGAAUUUCCUUCUUCGGAGUUCAAGCUCCACCUUUGCAAGGUGUUUGGCGACUCGUCGGUGAAGGGAGUCAACUUUGCAUCGAACGCAACCUUCGUUAGUCUGUGGUUACGAGAAGAGUAUUUGCCCUCUUCGUUGUUGGGCAAGCUGGAGCAAGUCAGAGGUGGGGAACAGGCGUACCAGUGGUGGCGCGAGUGCACCGAGGAGAUGGCUGAUAGUGGCAACCCUAGUCCCAUCAUUCUCAUGGACACUGCUGAGACGCUCUCUGUAAUCAACGAAAAGCCACCAACUCCAGAAAAGCGGUCGCCAAGCUCCACAACCAAGAUAAUUGACCUUAGUCGCACUGCUGCUUCAUCUUCGCCCUCCACUCCGCGACAUCAUAAGAGUAGAUCUAAUCCCAAAGAAAAGUAUCUUGUGCUGGAGUGGCUUAUGAUGCAGAUCCCCAAUAACACCGCGAUGAUUGCAUUCGGAACGGGUGCAAAGCGCUCUCAUCCACGACCAGCGGCUUUUCAAACCUACGUCUAUCACCGGCCGAUUGAACCCUUGAGCGCUCUGACAGAAGGUUCGGCACUACGGCUCUUUGCGAUGCUUAAGGAAAAGCAGCCUGACAGCCUCACUGAGCAAGAUAAGAGACAAGUCCGAACAGCUUUUGCAGUCACUGCGGGAGUACCGCGCAUGAUUGUCACGGCCUUCACCGUGGAAGGAAAGCUAGCGAGUACAAUGAAUGAGAAGUGGGAGGAAGCUGUCAAAGACACGUACACCGAUGCCUCCGACCUUGUCUCGUAUAACAGACUGAACGUUUCAUGCUUGGCAAAGGCAAUACUGAUGUGUGCAGUUUCUAACGUCACGUUGGUUACUGACGAAAGAAUUCCCACGGAAGAGGUGACAUGGGAUGACCUUCGUUGGCGAUCCAUCGUCUUCCUAUCCGCUGCAGAAAGUGGCGCCGAAUCGCCAACACUGCGGAUUCCUCGUCUAUUGUGGGGCCGCGAAUCGAAUCUGCACAAGGAACUUAGGGAAUGGGUCGAUGUCAACUGUCAUUUUGCAUUGGACGAUCUUUUGCCGACAGUGCUUUCCCUCUACGAAGAUACAGGCGAAGCCUCAGCCACAGCAAGUGGUAGGCCGUGGGAGAAGAUGUUUGCAAGUGCACUCGUGGCGAGAUUCUUUGUGUUUUGUUGGAAAGAAGGGGAAGAUCCCGCAGUGCACUUCGUACCACUGCAUAAGUUGCUACCACAGAACAAUGAGGCAGAUAAUAGUGCUCUUGAAAAUGUCGAAGUUUGUCUCGGGAACGGUGUUCAAACCUGUUCAUCUGAGACUCUUGCCGUCAAACCCCCAGGGGGUGGCUUUGAUUGGAAGGCAAUCCAUGCCAACUGGAAUAUUCAAAGUGCCCACCACGACAUGAUCCUUCCCGUUCGCAAGCGAAAAUCAAAGAAGAGAGAGUUGUGGGUGGUAUCAGCCCGAAGUGGCCACCGCAAGAUUGAAUGCGAGCUGGAGAGGACCAUGCAGCAUCUUGUGUCCAAGGAGGAUGAUAGAGAAGUUGCUGGGCUAAUUCAGGCUGUCAACCCAAGAGGGGAAACAUUGCCGAACAGGCGUAUGAAAAGAAAGUUCAGCGAAAUGCAAGAUGAAGAGAGAUACGCUGAGGUGAGCAUCAAUGAAGGUCAUGUCAGUUACGUUCUGUAA